UAAAAUCUCCUGAGCAGAAUGUGUUUACAAAUAGCUAGUAUGUUAGCUUAGCACACGAUCUAAACACGACAGAUAAAGGGAUUUAUAAAACAACUUACUUCAUAACAUCGAAGGUCAGGUGCUUUAAACAACCAUGUGUGAGCUGAUUUAGCUUUGGAUCACAAAAUGAGAAAAAAAUAAACGAUUUCAUGCUACAGGUUAUGCUCGAUUAGCAUAGCAUUAUAAACAUACAGUAUUGUUAUGAAAAUACCCGACAUAGCGUGGAAAAACACAGAUAAACCAUAUAUCAUCUCAAUUGUGUUUAUUGUCUCCAUGCUUUAAAACAUCAAAACAUCUUUAUUUGGCUGUUAUUGAACAAAACACCGAUCUUCACGUCACGGAUCAUUGACGUGUCUGACACCUGACCUGACCUCUGACACUACAUCUUCCUCUCUAAGUUCCGAGUCACACUCCAAUGAAAGUGUCUGGCACAAGAGCGCCCCCGGCGUCACGGAUGAAUGAAACAGACUGAGUGUGAAUGGCUGAAGCCCCAGCGCUGCUCAUGUCGUCGUGCUUGGAAUAUGGAUUAAAUAUUACCCCUCUCUACAGAAAUUUGAAGUAAACAUAUACAAUUGGAUAAAUAUUUCUGUAAAUAUGCACAAACUGAGUAAAAAUCACAGAUGUACGUUGUUUUGACGAGUGCUUUCAUGAAGACCAUGCAGGGGUAUUUUUUGAAUGACUGCGACUGAGGGUCAUAUUUCAAAUAAAAGAUGUACAGGUACAGAAUGUCAAAUUCGUGUGAGUAAUCCAGUUUUCACUGGUCAUGACCACCCAGGAGGAGCUAACAAUUAUCUGGAUGUGUCUUAUUCUUGUGGACCAGAUCCAGCCCAGAAGCCGUUUGAAUGUGAAGGCAAAGGCUGUAAAAUGUUUUCAAUCUGUCAGUUUGACAAGCAAGAGUUCGGCUGUUCAUCUCAUGAAAAAAUGACGGUUAAAUAUGCUUCCUACGGAAGGAGAAGUCAGCAGAUUUGCCCUCAUUCUAAUUCAAGUCUCACAUCUUCUCUGUGCUUCUCAGACCAGACCAGCAUCGUGAAACUUUUGUGUGAUGAUAAAGAAAAAUGCAAACUAUAUAUUUCAAGUUUAGUUUACGUGGAUCUGUGCCCUCACAUCUACAAAUAUUUGACUGUGAUAUACACAUGCAAGCGCGUGAGUAUUUUCAGUACUAGGAGUCUCCCUUCAACCGUCUAUUACAAUAUGAUAUUAUAAUGUAUAUAGCCUUUCUUUGUAAAGCUGCUCACAUCUAGAAUAAUAUACCCGUAGUUUUCUACAUCUAAAAA